UCCGGGGCUGUUGGAGUGAGGCAGCAGGCGGAGGGGAAAAGCAGCAGAAAAGAGAAGGAGAUCGAAGCAAACGUGAGAGCGGACUGUAAAAGAGCAGCAUGUCGGACAAGCAAAGGAAACCGUCCACCAACAGGAACAUCAAGAAGCUGCGGACCGUCAGCAUGGUGUGCAGCCUGACGAGCAGCUGGCAGCGGUGGGUGGCCGACAACGAGAGGAAGCUGGCCAGCGAACCCACCGGGUGGUGCCCGUCUUCACUCGGAGGACCAGAGGAACAACCGAGGAAGACCUGGGUCCCUAAAAAGCUUCCAGAGCCACCGGGAGCUUCCGAAACCCACAGCCUGGCUCAGACGUCUCAACGCGAGGUCGAAGCUCCAGAAGAACCGCCGGAGGCGUCCCGCAUCAAGACGGUGCAGGUGGUGAAGACGGUGACCAGCAGCGCUCAGGAGAAAGGAGCCGGCAUCGGGUUUCUGUCUGAGAAGAUCCAGAGGGAGUCUCUGCCGGCAGGAGAGGAGAUAGACAAGCUCCUGAGGAAGAGGAGCUCGCCGACGCGGCGCAGGAAGUGCUCCAACAUGGUGUCGUCCCUGACGAAGAGCUGGAAGCAGGUGGAGAACGAGCACGUGAAGGGAGGUGGAGGAGGAAGCUCCGGGAACACAGAGGAGAGCCGGCAGCCAGAAAAAGACCAGGAGAGUCUGGGAGUGGAGGACAAUCCAACACAGAGCUUCACCGAGGAAACACUUCAGAGCAAACGUGAAGACGACUCAGAGGCGACGGUGAGGAUCAGAAGACCGCCGGUUCCAGUCUACAAAAAGGGAGCUGAAGACGCCAAUAAGAUCAACGCCCUGUCCAAGAAAUACAGCGCGGUGGGAAACCUCAAGAGUCGCUGGCAGGACUGGGCCUCGGAGCACACGGUCAACCAGAGGCUGAACCCCUUCAGCGAGUACUUUGACUACGACUACUCCAUGUCGCUGCGCCUGCAGAAGGGCCAGGAGGGCUACGGACGCCCCAAGGAGGGUACCAAGACGGCGGAGAGGGCCAAGCGCGCCGAGCAGCACAUCCACCGCGAGAUCGACGACAUGUGCUACGUGAUCAGGACGAUGGCCGACCGGGACCCCGACGGGAGGACCAGGGUCACGUUCGGACAGCUGUUCGACCGCUACGUUCGGAUCUCCGACAAGGUGGUGGGCAUUCUGAUGAGAGCCAGGAAGCACGGGAAGGUGGCGUUCGAAGGAGAGAUGCUGUGGCAGGGCCAGGACGACGGCGUGAUCAUCACGCUUCUGGUGUAGAAUCAACAAUCCGCCGACAGGGGAGCCGGAGAAAUCCUCAGAAGAGGAGGGUUUGAAGCAGUUUGACCCGGGGCUGCUGGGAGGACACCUGCAGAGCAGCUUCAGAGGGAUUUGGAGACGAAUGACAACCCUGGACGGAUGACUCAGUGUGGAUUAGACGAGGAAUGUUCUGGCUGCUGUUGUGACUCCUCCAGUCGGCGCCGGGGGUGUUUGAGUUGUAUCCGUCGCGCACGCUGUUUUGAUAGCAAACGCUGGAGGUUGAGGAUCAA